AUGGCUUUCUCAUCAGCCAUCGCUCGUCCCAUGCAGCUGGGCAGCCGUGUUCUGCAAUGGACUAGUUCUGUCAUCGUCAUGGGGUUGACUGCACACUUCAUUCACCAUGGCCCACGAGGUCAACAUAUAUUGUACCAAGAAGUUAUUGCUGUUCUCUCGGUCGUCUUUUUUCUCCCGGGCUUCAUCUCGCCCUUCCUGCCUCGUGCACUGAGCCGAUUCGUGCUUGCUAUCGACAUCGUCUUCUCUUAUCUGUGGUUGACCUCUUUCAUCUUCUCUGCGCAAGACUACAGUACCAGAGCUUGCUACUUCAGCUCCCCAGCCGGCGUUGGCUGCAAGCGCAAGAAGGCCAACGAGGCCUUCAUCUUCCUCGCUUUUGUGUUCACCUUCUUCGGCAUGUUCCUUGAGGUCGCUGCUCUGUGGGCCCAUCGUAAGGAGACCGUCACUCGUCAGCCUGUCGUUACAGACAAGGAGGUCGGACCUCGUCAGCCUCUUGACGCACCAGCUGCCACUCCCGCGGCUAUCUAA